AUGCCGCUCCAGAACAAGAUGCCUGAUGCUGAGAGCAAGAGGUGCGCUAAUGCUUUGCUCCGAAUCCUAGAUCCAGAAGUUUGCUGGGCGGAUUUCCUCCAGGGCCAGAUGUCUGCCUGCACUGACGUUGUGAUCCAGGAGGAGGAGGACGAAAUUGCCGCCCCAGCAGCAGAGCAGCCAGAGCUGUCAGCACUGGACACCCUCAAGGCAGACUUUAACAAGGCGACUGGAGCAUUGCUGGAACUUCUGCUAGAGUUGAUGCAGGGCAAGCAUAUGGAUGAUUGCCGAUCGCUCAGCCAAGACAAUGUGAAAUUGUCACAUGCUGUCUCUGAAGCUGCCCAAGCUGCUCAGAAAGAGCAAAAGGGCUGUGAGACAAAGCCCUUGGAGUUGAUCAAGUGCCUUUGCUUGGUCGUCCAGUCUUUUGACACCAGCACCAAAAGUGUCUCCAUCAGCACAUCCUUGCCCGCCCAGAGUUUGAUUCAAACUCUCACUCCUUCUGGUUCGACUGAAGAGGAAGUUGUGGCAAGGGAACGGGUCUGGAAACAGGUGCAGGCAGAGCGGCGCAAGUUCAUCACCUUCAGCGUGGUUUCCAAGUUGGCAAAAGAUACUUUGCAAGCUGCUCUGCGAGGAAGUGGGAAGGUGUGGUCCCAUUCUGGGCAGUUGAACAGCAGCCAUCGGCUUAUCUUUGCUUCAGCUGAUCUGGCAACAGAAACUGGAGAUGAACCCUGGAUGCAGCCCUCGCCGCCCCAAGCAGCCCAGUGGAAUUCUGUGGCAGAGUUUGCCAUAAGCCUCACUGGCCCCACUGAUUUUUGUCUUCUGUGCGAUGGUCGGAUGCGAGAGGUGAGACGCAUUCAUGAAGAUAUUGUGCUGUCCCAGACCCAGACAGAGGAGAUCUUCAUCAUCUAUACCGGUGGAUGCGUUCCCCGAGCCGGCCGCACCAGAAGGGUUCCGCUGAGUUCCAGAAAGGUUGAGACGGCUGCUAUCAGAUUUCCAGCAGUGCGCAGCAAGCUCAAGACAGCAAAGAAGGAGAAUUUCACAUCCUGUGGGGAGGCAACCACAUUCCAGAAUACAUAUUCUGGAGUUGCUUUCCGUCCUGCUUCCGAGCUGCCCCUCAUCACAUGCGCUGAGAAAGCCAAAAUCUUCACUGCUGCUGCCCCCGCGGUACCAGCAGCCCCACAAGCUUGGCAGGAUGCGCACACCAAUGAUGUGCCUUUGUUCUGGCAAGAAGGCAAGCCCAUCAACUUCUACCUGGCCAUCUUAGAUGAGUUCAAAGUGAAGGCAGUCUUUGAUGUGACAGCUGGCUCAGGAGCUAUGAUGGAAGCUUGCAUCACCAGAGGUGUUCACUACCACGGGCUGUGCCUGAACCGUGAGCACAUGCAGUGGUUGCAGGGAGUGGCGGACAGAGCUGCCUGUGGGCUCAUUUCGAUCCAAGGUUCCACCUUGCAUUCUGAAGAGCUGGGAAAAUCUGUAAGGCAGUAUUUUGCAGAUGUGUUGCAGAACUUAAUCCCUCCAGAUGCCAAUGCUGAAGAAGAACUUGCGGAACCUGAGAGCGAUGAGGGAUGA